CGCUUGUGCCAUGCCUUCCGCUCCUAUGACAUGGACGUGGAGCAGUGCCUGCUAGAGUCCCUGCCGCUGGGCCAGCGGCAGCGGCUGGUGCGGAGGGCUCGCUGCGCCCAGCUGCACGCCUACUACCAGCGCGAGCGCGAGCUGCGGCGGCACGGCGGCCGCGGUGGGGCCGGCGGUGAGGCCGGCGGUGGGGCCGGCGGUGGGGCCGGCGGUGGGGCCGGAGCGCCCAGGACGGGGAGGAGCGCCGGCGGGCGCCGGACCGUGGCGCGAGCGGCGUUCGGCCGCCUGGAGAUGCUGCACGACGCCAUCCUGCAGCACGACGAUAAGGAGGUUUUGAAGCUGCUUAAAGACUCUUUCAACCCCAACGCAAAAAACUUGAAUGGAAACUCCCUGCUUCACACGAGUGCGCGCAGUAACAACGUGUUGGCGGCAGAGCUGCUGCUGGAGCGCGGGGCGGACGUGAACGCGCAGGACGACGACUCGUGGACGCCGCUGCACGCCGCCGCCGCGUGCGACCACGCGGACGUGCUGCUCCUCCUCCUUCUGGCCGGAGCCAACGUGCUCCUGCAGGACGUGGACGGGAAUGUCGCACUGGACUACACGCACGAGGGCACCCAGUGCCGCCACCUGCUGCUGCGGCACCUGGAGGAGAACGGAGUGGACGUGGGAGCCCUCAGGCAGCUCAGGAAUCAGAGGCCCCUGUCCAUGCUGGCUGACGUCACAAAGCUCGUCGCCUCGGGCAGCUGUGUCAACCUCCCCAACGAAGAGGGGGUCACGCUGCUGCACAUCGCGUGCGCCAAUGGCUACGUGGACGUGGCGAGCCUGCUGCUGGAGAAGGGCGCCAACGUGAACUGCCUGGACGGGACCUUCUGGACGCCGCUUCACCUGGCGGCCAAGUACGGCCAGACGUGCAUCGUAAAGCUGCUGCUGAAGCACAGCGCAGACCCUAACGUCAUCAACUGCAACGGAGAGAAGCCUUCAGAGGUGUCCGACUCGGACACCAUCGAGGAGCUGCUGCUGGAGGCGGAGGCGGAGAGCGGCGAGCGGCAGCGCUACCGCCCGCUGGCGGUCGCCGGAGCCGACACCGCCGGGAGGGCCCCCCCGGACGUCGCCACGGACGACGCCGCGCUGCUCCGCAAGCUGAAGCCUCUGCUGCUGCCCAUCUCGAAGCAGGACAGCUUUGCAGAAAAGGACGCAAUGUUCAAGGGCAGCGCCCUCUUCAAGCAAGCCUCGCUGGACGACGGCAACGGCGGCCACAGUCGCAUAUUCAACAAAUACGAGCAGGUGAAGUUGAUGCCCCCGGCGCCCAGCGACGACCUGGCCACACUGAGCGAGCUGACGGAGAGCAGCCUCCUCUACGAGAUACAGAAGCGCUACAGCAACAACCAGAUCUACACGUACAUCGGAGAUACCCUGCUUGUUGUGAACCCUUGCAAGGAGCUCCCAAUUUAUUCGAACAUGGCCACGCAGCUGUACUCGAGCCACUGCGGUCGCUUCUGCCCGUCGCUGCCGCCGCACGUCUUCGCCUGCGCCGAGCGCGCGUUCCACACGAUGCUGCGUGAGCGGCGCUCUCAGUGCUUCAUCCUCGGUGGAGAGAGCGGCUCGGGGAAGAGCGAGGCGAGCAAGCACAUCGCCCAGCACCUGCUGCUCCGCGGGCCUGGGGACGGGCCCGAGCUGCACGCGCGACUUCUACACGUGAGCUGCCUCUUGGAGUCGUUCGGCAACGCCGUGACGCCAGUGAACGCCGAGUCGAGCCGCUUCUCGCAGCACCUGGAGAUCCACUUCGACGCGCGGAGCGGCCGCCCUGUUGGAGCCCGAGUGUUCGCCUACUGCCUGGAGAAGUCUCGCCUGGUGUCCGCGCCCGCGCACCAGGGAAACUUCAAGAUCUUCCGCCUGAUGUCCGGCGGGCUCACCGCCGACGAGCGGAGCUACCUCUACCUGUCCAACAUGGCGUCCUUCCGGUACCUGAAGGAGAGCACUUGCGGCAGCACUCCCACGGCCAGCACGAGCGACAAGGAGAGGCUGGACGCCGUGAAGACCGCUCUGCAGGCGCUCUCCUUCAGCAACAACGACGUUGAAAACCUGCUGCUCGUGCUGUCGGCCGUGCUUCACCUGGGAGACCUGCACUUCCUGGGCAUCUCCAGCACGGAGGCGGCGCACGUCACCGACACGCGUCUCCUGCAGCGCAUCGCCUACAUGCUGCAAGUGUCUCCGGAGGAGCUCGGCACAGCCCUCACCUCGGACACGAUCUACACUAAAGCAGGAGAGCUGCUGGCGCGCAAGCUGAGCGCCGAGGCGGCGUCGUGGGCGCGCGACCUCCUCGCCAGGGCCAUCUACGGCCGCCUCUUCGGCUUCCUCGUCCAAGGCGCCAACCGCUACCUGCAGGCGGCCGCUGGCAGCGAACCCACGAUGGAAAUUGGCAUCCUCAACAUAUGCGGCUUCGAGCGAUUUCAGAAGAACUCCUUCGAGCAGCUGUGCGUGAACCUGGCGAGCGAGCGGCUGCAGCAGCACACCGAGCUGCAGCUCUUCGCGCUGGAGCAGACCCAGUGCGCCCAGGAGGGCGUCGCCACGGAGACCGGCAGUCUCCACGGCAACCAGCGCCUCCUCGACUUUUUCUUCCAGAGACCGCAGGGCAUGCUGCAUCUCCUGGAUGAAGAGAGCACGUCGCCUCAGCCGUCAGACCAGGCCCUGGUGAAGAGGAUACAGGGCUCCUUGGAGAGAAGCCACACCAACGGGGUGCUCAGCAUGCCGGGGAGGGACCGCAACGGCAACGCCCAGACCCUUUUCACCAUCAAGCACUUUGCCGGAGAGGUCACCUACGACCUCACGGGGGCGGCAGCAAAGAACAAAGACCAGCUCCCUCAAAGCCUCCUCUUUGUCAUGAAGACCAGCGAAAACGUGGUGCUGAGGCAGCUGUUCCAGGCCCGGCUGUCGCCCACCGGGGCGCUGCUGCCCCCCACGGGGAACCGCUUCCCCUUCCGCCUCGCCAAGGCAGGCCGCCUGCACCCGCAAGCAGCGGCAGCAGCCGCCGCCGCGGCCACCGCCACCGCAGCGCGGCCUCGCGAGCCGACGGCGCUCACGAGCAAGCUGCUCAAGAAGAAGGGCGAAGCCAGCAGCCUGGCAGAGAGCCUGGAGCACGGGCAGCAGCUGACACUCACCUCUCAGCUGCGGAUGUCGCUGAGCGACGCGCUGCUUCGGCUGGGCGGCUGCACCCAGCACCACCUGCGCUGCGUGCGUCCCAACGAGGCCGGCCGGCCCGACGCCUUCGAGGCCGAGCUGGUGUCGGCCCAGCUGCGGCACGCGCGGGUGCUGCACACCGUCCGCCUGCGCCGCUUCGGGUUCCCGGCGCGACUCCCGUUCGCCGACUUCCUGGACCGGUACAGGGAGCUGUCCUUGGUGCUGAUCCCUCUGAGGAGCAAGAUGGCCCCUCAAGAGAAAUGCCGUCGCAUUCUGCAGUACUGCGGACUACAAGGAGUGGCAGGCUCGCCAGGAGACGAGUGGCACAUCAAAAUGUUGACUCCACCUGUUGCAUCACUGGGCCCCUCACGAGUCCUGCUCAAGCACUGGCACGGAGACCAGCUGGCCGAGAUCUGCCACCAGCUGCAGCGGAAGGUGGUCGUCUGCCAAAAGGCGGUUCGGCGCUUCAUAGCUCGUCAGCGGCUGCGUCAGCGGCUGGCCAUGCGCCGCUGGGACUCGGCGUGCGCGGAGGGCUUCCCGGGCUCGGCGCAGGACGCGGGGCUGCGCGCGUCCACGGCCGCGGCGGCACCGAGCGGCGCCGCUCGCUCGCACGCCCGGGCGCGGGGAUCCACCGCCAGGGCCGUGGCCGCGGCGCGCCGAGGUCUGGCCGGCGGUGACCCCGCCAAGGGCACCUGCGGAGGCCGAGCGACGAACGGAGGGAGGGACGGAGGUGCCGCCACCGGCCCGGGCCGCUGCUGCUGUGGCUCGGAGGGCCCGUCCGGCGCUGGCCGCGGCUCGCUGACUCUGCCCGCGGCGGCGGCGCUGCGUCCCGCGGGCCGCUCCAUCCCACGCUCGCCGUCCCUCCACUCGCUGGCGGCGGCGGCUGGAGAGAAGGUGACGACGGGGAGCGAGAGGGGGGCGGCAGCGGCCGGAGGGAAGGGGGCGACCGGGGUGGGCGGCGUGGCCGCGGCAGCGCCGGGGUCCGGCGGAGGGGCGGCCGGUUCACCGCGUAGGCAGCCGCCGCCCAAGCCCAAGCGGAACCCCAGCACGCGGCUCAGCGCGUCGUACGAGGCGGUGGGGACUGGCGGGACCUCCUCCGCGGGCGCCACGAACCAGGCGGAGCCCUUCGACAAGUCCGAGCUGAAGCCGCGGCCCCACAGCGACGACUACAGCACCAUGAAGAAGAACCCGCCGCCCAAGCCCAAGCGCAACCCCAGCACGCGGCUCAGCGGCUCCUACGAGGAGAUCGGCGCCCAGCCGCAGCCGCCCGCGCCGUCUGCGGCCGGAGGCGAGCCCGGCCGCCUCUGGGCGGAGGAGGCGGACGACGGCGAGCCGGUCUACAUCGAGAUGGCUGGCGACUUCGGCAGGGGCUCGACGCCGGAGGCGGCCGAGUCCGAGUACGAGGAGAUGAAGUACUUCCACCCGAGCCCCGGGCCGGACGACUCGGGGGGCUCGCGCCGUGGGCGCCUCGCCAGGCCACCGCGGGGCGCGGGAGACGAGGACGACGGGCCGGGCGAGGGGGCGGCCGCGACGCCACCGUCGCCGCCGUUCCUGGCGCGGUCCCCGCCGCCGCCGCCGUCGUACCGGAUCCCGGCGCCGUUCCCCGACCUGCUGCCGCACCGCCCGCCGUUGCUCGUCUUCCCCACGAGCGGCUCCAACUGCUGCCCUCCGCCCUUCGACGAGUCGCCGCUCACGCCCCUGGAGGUGAAGCAGCUGCCUAUCCUGGACACGGCCAUCAUCGGCUACGUCUCGCGGCCGCCGGACGGCGCCGGCCCGGCGUCCCCCGGCGACGAGGAGGCCCCGGCGCUCGGCGUCGCAGCGAGGGCCACCACCCCGCCGCCCCCUCCGCCGCCCCCUCCCCCGCCCCUGACCGCCACCGCGGCCGCCCCGCCGCGCGGGCCGCGAGCGACCGCGGCGUCCCUGCGCUGCCGCCAGUCCUCGCUGCCUUCGCCCAACGAGCUGGCGCGCGCCGCCAGCAGCAAGGCCCAGCGGCUGCAGGCCCUGUCCGGCGCGGCGAGGUCAUGCCCCGCGGGCGCCGACUUCGCGAAGGCCUCCGAGGACACCGCCGACUCGGCCGCGAAGGCCCAGGGGAAGGACGGGCAGACCGGCGGAGGCCGCGGCGCGCGUCCCGCGUCAGGCGAGACCCUGCCGGCGAUCGGCCGGAAGGACGGGCGCGGGGUGCGGGCGCCCGGCGGGUGCCACGCGGCAGCCGAGCGACCGCGGUGGACGGCGGCGUCGUCGGCGGCGGCGGCAUGCGGCCCUGCGGCGCAAGCCCUCACAAGCCCCCUGGACGAACUCAACAGCAUCUUCAGCACGGGGAAGCUGCCACUGCGCCGGUCGUCGGCCGGGAGACGCAUCAGGCAGCCGAACGCGUUGCCCGUGGCAGAGGGGAGCGACUCGCUCAACGGGAACCCCAGCCUCGACGAGGAGGGGACGGCCACCACCACCACCACCGCCCCCACCGCCGCCAGCAACGGAACCAGGAGCGCGAUGCCCAAACCCAGCAGCACGGCGCCGGCAGAGGCACCGAACGCCGCUCCCAAUGGGCCAGAGGCACCCCCAGGGAGCCGUCCUCCACAGCCAAAGCAGCAGCAGCAGCAGCAGCCGCCAAGCGCCGUCGGCAGCACCCAGUCGCCUCCACCCGUCGCCCGGGCCCCCAGCGCCCAGCACGAGGCUGCUCGCAAACAGCAGCAGAUGUGGCAGCAGCUGAGCACGGAGCGGGACCAGGCGGCGCUGCGCGAGGUGCUGGAGUGGCGGCGACGUCUCUGCGAGGAGCCCUGCCCUCCCGCCGAGGCGUCCGCGUCUCCGGGCACGCUGCCCGCCGUGCUGCGCAAGCAGGGCUCCCUGGGCGCCCGCGUCGAGCCGGGCCCCCACCUCAACGGGCCCUCGGAGAACGGAGGGCCGCCGACCCCACACCCCGCCGCCGCCGCCCCCGCCGCGGCCGGGGUCGUCGUGCGCGUGGACGUCGGAGCGGCCCGCGCCCCGCGACCUCGUGACGGCUCGGCCGAGCCCGGACCACCCAUCGAGAACGGAGUCGGCAAGGCGGGGGAGGGUCGUGCCGCUGCCGCCGCUACCGCCACCGCCAAGGUGCAGCAGCAGCUGCAGCAGCGCAAGGGAGUGUGGGAUACCGCCAUGUGACCGCCGAGCGGUCGCGGGGCCGCGAUGGGAUGGGACCCUUCGUAACUUUUCGUCUUUGCGCGCCGCCGGGCAUCGACGCAGCCGCCGCAGUUUUCUCCGACGGGGAAAGUGGACGCUAGCGAGAGCGGCGGUGCUGCGGGUCGGCCACGUCCGGGACGGCGUGGCGCUCGCCAGUGUCGUGGGAGGGCACCGUGUUGGGGUGUCGUGGCGGUGCGUGAGACCGUGAUUUUCAACUCCCCUGGGUCGGGCCGUGUGGAGUGAGCGUCUCCUGCCGGCUUGGCCAGCUCGAGGUGCCGUCCCUGUGGCGCUUCUCCCCUGUACAAAUUGAAAUGUGCUCUUGUCAAAGCCGUGGGUGGUGGGAGGGGGGGGUCUUUAAAAAGGCGAUCGUGCGUCGGUCAUUGUAAUGUCAUAAUGGAAUUUUCAAAUUCAGGUUCGGUUUAAUUUAUUUAUUAUCUAGUUUACUACAAAUAUGCAAUUGAGUGUUAAAAAAAACGAAUAUCUUUAAACAAAAAGUAUUGCGGAUGAUGUAUUGCUCCCUGUGCACACAAACCUUUGUAAUAUUCCACGCAGCGCUCUUGGGUUUAUUUGGUCAGUGGGGUUUUACAGAGGGACUUUUGAACGCAUAUCACUUUUGUUUUUUACAUUUAAGGUUUUGCAUAAAGUAGCGCCGCCACUGACGAUUUUGAUACACCAUGGUCCAUGGUUCAAUACACGUAUAUAUAUAUUUACACUCGCGUCCACGUUUUGAUACGUUCAUUUUAUGUACAAAAGCAGCUGUGCUGUAAGACAUUUUUGUAAUCGGUGUUAGCAAGCUUCUUCUGCGCGGAAUUCUUAUUUUGUUUUCUUGGCAUGCGAACAUUUGUGUGCGUCCGCGCGUGCGUGCGUGCGUAACCCCCCAGUCCACCGUUCUCCUGCACAUUGGGACUGCUGUCAACGCUGCGACGAUCUCUACCUGCUUCACGAAAGCGCCCCCCCCUCCCUCCUCCUCCUUCCCCCCACCUGAGCCACGUCACUCCUUACUUACCCCCCCACCCCCCCUUUAGCUGUGUGUCUCCUGUGAACGUGCAGUGACUUAUUAUUGAGAGGUACCGUCUUGUGUGUGUAACAACAAUAAUGUACAUAAGCGCGUUGAACUUCUUUCGAGCACCGCUACGUAGCCAACCGCGCUAAUCGGAGGUGCGGGAGAAGGCCAACAAACUAAACACAAAAAGCAGUUUCUAAAGAAAUGAGUUUGUCAAUCUUGAUGAUCUAAAAGCGCGUAGCUCCAGUGGCUUCCUAAUAUCGGAAGGAAGAGCGUUCCAGACGGCCGCAGCAGCGCAUCUGAAAGCGAUGCGGCGACCGUCUUUGUCCGACGGCUGUCAGCCAAAAGCCGCCGUCGCUGCGAGGAUGAGCGGAGUUUGCGUGACGGUGGUUUAUGCUCCUUGACGAGACCAGCGAGGUACUGUGGUUCAUCUGUGGCGGGCACUUUGUUCCGUGUGUGUGUGUGCAAUGAGUGCGACCUCAUGACGUAUUCGUUCGGCAACCGGAGGCCAAUGUAGCUCGGCGAGCCACUGGGCGAACACGGUGGGAAUAAAUGUGUGUCGCUAUUUAACGAGAGCAUUUUCACCAUUUUAAACGUGAAGGUAAGUGACUGAAGUGACGCGCGAUAUCAAAAGGAGUGGGCAUCCCCUCACCUCACCCCUUUAGUUUAAACAGCAUGGAUGCUGAGCUCGGAUUGAGAGACGUUUGAGAGACUGAUCACAGCAACAAGUCACGAGAGAGGGGUUUGAUCAGGCAAUACUUUGGGUAAACAACACUCCUGCUGUAUUGGCAGUGAUGCACAAGCACACUCAACAAACAAAACAACGACAUAGGCCACAGAGGGAGAGAGAGAGUGGACGAUUGGAGUUGGUUGAGACUGCAUGUUCAUUUUCUUUUCUAAUGUAUUCGAAUGACCAGUUGGUUUCACGUGAAUAUUAGCACAUCAAUAGUUGCCGAACAGUAGCUCGUGAGUAACUAUUCAUAUACCAAUUUAAAAUAAUAACUGGUCAUCAGAAAACGUUUUAAAAAUUAAAUUCAGGCCCCACGGUGUAAAGUGCAUUCUCAAACCUUUAUUAUUAUACACUUAUCUUUCUGGCCUCUCCAUUAAUGGUCCAUGAAGAAGCGCCAUUGGCCACUUUAAAAAAUAAAAUAUAUUUAAAGUUC